GAGGUUAUUGAGAGUUACCUUCGUGGUGAGUGUGUGUGUGGAAGUGGAUGUGUUGUAUGUCAGUGCCCGACGAGGCCCGACGUAUGCUUGCUUGUGUGUGACGUGCUCCUGAUGGCAGCAAACUGUUGGCGAGAGCGCGCGGGUCGUCAUCAUCAAACCGGGAGCAGCGAACGUGUUGUGUCGCUCUCGUCAUGUCAAUGAUGUGAUGUCCGUGUGGAAGGCAGCAAGCAAGAGCUCGUCAAAGUCCGCCGAAGCGCUUCGCAGCAUCAGUCAAAACCGCGGUGAAAGGACGAAGGACAAUAGUAUCCGCCAGCAGUACGGUGCCAUACAGUGGCUAGUGUGGAAGUGUGUUGUGGUAGAUGGAAGAAGAAGAACCACUACACAUCACCAGUAAAACACAGAACCUGAAUUGAACCACGAGUGACAUCUUUUGCCAGGAAUUGGCAGCUAGAACCUUAGUUCAUUCGCCACCAGAGAGACGCCGUCCGUUCGAGCGCCUCCGCCAGAUUUGAAACGAAAUCGAAACAAAAAAAAAAUGUGUGUACAUGUGCUUAUGUUCCGACGAAGAGUACGCGAGUAUUUGCGACCGGGUCGCAAGUUGUAACCAGCAUCCAGCUUCACACUUGGUCUGCGUUUAUGCAAACAGCAGCACCGCGUCUCCAGCAGCCGGAAACAUGAAAUUUGCCCAGUGAUUGAAUCGGUUCUAAUCCAAAUGUGUUUGUUUUUAUUGUUGAUCAAAGUGUGAACGCAUAGAAGAAGAUACGCGCAAAAUCAACCAACCAAGAAAAAAUGUGCUAAAAAAUAGUUGUCGACCACAACACGAACGAAACGAAAAAAAAAUCGCGGUCAGUUAAGUUUUUUUUUCCUGGAAUAGAGCUGGUCAGAAGAAACGUUUCAAAAAUUGAGAACCAUAAUCUAUCAUCAAUGAUGCUCCACGAGGCAGUAAUGUUGGAAAUCUACCGCCAGGCACUUCACGCUAGUGAAAUGGCCAGUCCUAGAUGCCAAUCGAGGGAGUCAUCCGGCGGUGGCCGUUGCCCUUCGGACGAAUCGAUCCGCUCCGAGGGCGACCGGGACGGGCAGAAUUCGGGCGCCAAUCUGAGCCCGGUUUCGAUAACGCUCCCACCGAGCCUUCCGCCAGCAGCCGCCGCCGCCCUCCUGCCUCAGCAUUCAGCCGCUAUGGCCGCCUACCUGAACGUGGCAGCCGUUGCGGCCCAGCAGAACCGACUGCUGCUCGGGUCGCCGUUGGCCGGCCUUGCAGCGGCCCGAAACGGGUCCCCACCGAUGCUGCCUCCGCUGGCUUCGCCGACGGACGAGAGUGACGACGCGGUGUUGGAUUUCAGCAAAAAACGCACCGACAGCGGUGGCACCGGGGAUGACGAUGGUGGAAGCGAUUGUGACGAGGGGGACGCGGUGAAUCUGAGCGCGAAAUCCGGUGACAACAGUCCGCUAGAUCUGUCGGUUAGCACUAGGAAGCGAAUGGGUGAUGACUCCGAUUCGCCCCCGCCCCGGAAAGCCUCCAGACCGCUCGACUACAAACCGGCGAUCGUUACGCCCUGGAGUUCUCCGGUUACGGCGCAACAUCCGUACUUUGCUGCCGCCGUGGCUGCAGCUGGGCUCUCCCCGAAAAACAACCACGGGGAUUGGAAUGGAAAGCACAAAGGUGUCACAAAUGAAGCCGCAAAAGCCUUGGAAAAGAUGACCGAACUGAGCCGUCUUGGAGGUGAGGAAAUCUAUCGUCCUUCAAACAACAACAACAACUCGGCAGGAGGUCCGGGAGGUGCCACCGCAGGCGGUGGACGCCAUAGCGCUUGGCAAUCACACUGGCUCAACAAAGGAGCUGACUCGGCCAAGGAUGUGCUGAAGUGUGUCUGGUGCAAACAGAGCUUCCCGUCGCUGGCAGCUAUGACCACUCACAUGAAAGAGACCAAGCACUGCGGAGUAAGCGUUCCUCCGGGCACGGGCAUGCAACAGCAGCCCCAGCACCCCCAACAGAUGCAGUCGCAGCAACACAACUCAUCCGGCGGUCCCAACAUGGACCGCAAUGCUUCCAAUAAACCAUCACCCAGCGAGUUGAAUCUGUUGAUCAAAGAAACGAUGCCUCUCCCGCGUAAACUGGUCCGCGGUCAGGACGUUUGGUUGGGUAAAGGGGCUGAGCAAACGCGCCAAAUCUUGAAGUGCAUGUGGUGUGGCCAAAGCUUCCGAUCGCUCGCCGAAAUGACGUCCCAUAUGCAGCAAACUCAGCACUACACCAACAUCAUCUCACAGGAACAGAUCAUAUCGUGGAAGUCGUCGGACGGUGAGAAACCCGGUAGUGCUCCGGGGCCAAGCGGAAACACCUCGACCAGUGCUUCGGGAGCUCCUAGUGCACCCGCUGCCCAAGCCAACAGCCAUGUCAGCGCUGUGCUGACGUGUAAAGUUUGUGAUCAAGCGUUCUCCUCGUUGAAGGAACUCAGCAAUCACAUGGUGAAAAAUGCUCACUACAAAGAGCACAUCAUGCGGUCGAUCACCGAGAGUGGCGGCCGGAGGCGACAGACGCGAGAGAAACGGAAGAAAUCGCUUCCCGUGAGAAAACUACUCGAAAUGGAACGCGCCCAGCAGGACUUCAAGAACGGUGAUAACCCUUCCGCUAGUAGUGUCGCCAACAAGCCCAUCCGUGAUCUUGGCGCCGGGAAAAUUACAUGCGAAAAGUGCAACGAGAAAAUCGAAACCACAAUGUUCGUUGAUCAUAUCAGACAGUGUAUCGGGGGAACGGCGAUCUUGCAGGCCCAACAGCAGCGUGAGAAAUUCAAGAAUGCACUCCUCUCCAACACCAUCAUCCCACCGGAUUCCAUUAGCCCGGUAACGCCCUCGAGCAGGGACGGUCGGAAAUCGGUAGGGGAUGACUUAUCGUCGCCACUGUCGCUCCAGAAAUCCCCCAUGCCGGCGGAUUUGUCCUCCCCGUCUUCCGCCAAGAAAGACGGGAACAAGAGUUCCUCUCCGUCGGUGCUGAACGCGAUCGAGCAACUGAUCGAGAAGAGCUUCGAUACCCGCUCGCGCCAUCCUAGCACCAACUUCGGUAACACCAACCAAAGUUCGACCCCGCUUGGGUCGAGCAUUCUCAAGCGGUUGGGGAUCGAUGAGAGCGUAGAUUACACCAAACCACUGGUGGACCCACAGACGAUGAAUCUGCUGAGAAGCUACCACCAGCAGCAGUACAUUUCUCAGUUUGGAAGACGGGAGCGAAGUGGCAGCGAGUCGAGCUCCAUUUCCGAGCGGGGAUCCAGCCGGGUUGACUCGUUGACACCGGAGAAAAAGUAUGACACACCAAGUCAUUCGACGCCGCGAGGAACUCCCGAUCGGCAGUUCUUGGAAGAGCACAAUAACAGUGACGAGCAGCAGCAACAGGUCAACAUCAAGAGGGAAGUGCAAAGCGAUGACGAGGACGACGAGGAGAAGCAGGAACAACCACCGAAGCUGAAAAUCAAGAAAGAGCUGGACGAAGACGAGGAGGAAGUCGGCACAAUGCUGCGUCCACCGAGCAAAUCGAACGAGGAACUGGUGACGGACGUGGAGAAGGAGUUCAGGCGACGCAACAGUGUCGCAUCUAGUCCAGCACCGAGUCCACGAAUGUCUACGGCGAGCGUUCCGUUGAGUCCAGCGGCUAGUCCGGUGAGUGAUCAUCAUUCCAUCGCUUCGCGAUCGACACCGGGUGUGGCGGACGGUGGUGGUAAGUCGAAGCAGCCGUCGGGAGGAGGUAGUGUGAGCAGCAGUUUGGGUGCACUUUCGUCGAUGUUCGAUAGUUUGACGGGGGCGAACAGUGCAGCAAACGCGGACGCAGGCGGGGGUAGUUCGGGCAAGAAACCAAGUGCCCAUCCAUUGGCGGCGCUGCAGAAGCUCUGCGAUAAGACGGAGACAACACCGAGCGGCCGGGGUGGUUCCAGCAGUGCUCUGCUGUCGGCCACGACCAACAGCCAGGCUAGCAGACCAACGCCGGGUUCGAUUUUGGCCUUUAGCUGGGCCUGUAACGAUGCGGUUGUGUCGGAUGAAUCGGUUAUCAAGUGUGCGUAUUGCGAUACCACUUUCACCACGAAGGGUGCCUACCGGCACCAUCUGUCGAAGGCUCACUUCGUAAAUGACGACGUGUUUCAUGAUCCGAAAAAUCAUUCGUUGAAGCCGGGAUCACCGCAUUCACCCAAGUCCACUAGUGGCCGCGAUAGCGCGGCGACAAACGAGGGCGGUGGAACACCUGUGCACCAAGCAGGAUGCAGUAGCAGCGGCGGCGGUGGUGGCAAUGGUGGAAAUGGGCAGGCCAAAAGUCCGCCCCCAGCGCAAUCACCGGCGGCAGCGGCGGCAUUCGACGAGAGUCCGCACUCCAAGUUUCUCAAGUACACCGAACUGGCCAAGCAACUGUCAUCCAAAUACGUCUGACAUUCCUAAGUCUCCAGCUCACGCAUCCAACCUCCUCCGGGGGUAGGUUCGUUAAUUUGUGCUGUUUAUUGUAAAUAAUCGGCGAAACUCGGCCGGAACGCAGAGUGAUGGACACGUCCAGAACGUAAGUUUGUGUGUAAGCGCGCGCUCUAGAACAACACCGGGAGAGGAAUCAAAACAGGGCAGAAAAUCGUUUAUGUGGAGGGGGAGUUAGCAAGGGAUAGGAGGGACAGCGAGCCCAUAGCGAGGCAGUAAAUUAUGUAUUUAUGUGUGUUUCCAUUGCUGCUUUGGGUGCGUCGUUCAAUAACCAUGCUUCGAAGAGUGUGAGUGUGUGUGUGUGUGUGUGUGUGUGUGUGUGUGUGUGUGGAGAUGGGAGGAAAGAGACUAAGAUAAAGAGAAGUCGGUACGGGAAGAAACCCGAUAAACAACAGAAGCGGCAGGUUUUUCCCUGUGUGUAUAUAUCUAUGUAGCUCAGUUCUUUUUUUUUUCUUUUCCGUGUUUUCAAGUGGCGGUCUCUUAACAAGUGUUAGUGGAUCUCCUUUUCCGCUUCUUUUAAAUCACUCGCUUUAAUGGGUUUUAUAUACACAGUUUGCAAGAGCCGGGAGGCGCAGAGUAAAAACAAACACACAUACACAUUCUAACGUCUCGGAACAGGUCUCUGCGGUGGUUUGGAAUACCAAGUAGAGCAAAUAUAUGUGUGGUAGGCCUGCUGCAGCGGUGUGGGUUAAGUUGAAGUGCAGUCUUCAGGCGCAAAUAAAAUGAAAAAAAGCUACGGAGAACGGAGAAGAAAUCAAUCAAGAAAAUAAAGCCAGCGUCAGCGAAAAAUAAAGAGCAGACCGCGUGUGGAAAGGGUAAAAUACAACAGACACAGAGAGCCACACAGUCGGAAGACGGCGGUUCUCCAAAUCGGGACGGAAACAAAAUGGAGUUCUGCGUGGUGGCUCUGAAAGAUGGCUCACGCACCAUGGGCAUAUUGAGCAACAAAUUCCUUGCAAAAAAGGGAUUUGAUUGUGACACAGAGAUGCCAGUUUUUGUUUUUUUUUCUGGUGUAAAUUCGUAGACUUUUUCUAAGCUACAAAUUGAUUAGUUUUAAAUAAAUUGCAAUAUGGCAUAUUGAAUAAAGUCAUAUUUCGCACAAAUAACCACACAUGUUUGACACGUUUAUGUAGAAUGGCACAUAUAUUAGUUUCUUAAAAUAAAAAAAUAUCUGGUCUACAGAAAUAUGCCCUUUUUCAAAUCCUCUAACCCUUUAACGGGUACUGGCAACUAUAUUGCCACCAACGAUUUUAUUUUGUUUCUCUCCUUUAACAACAAACUAUCACUUAUAACCUUAUGUGGUAACUUGUUCUGAUGUCUAGCAACAUUCCUGAAAAAAUAAAAAAACUGUUCAUUUUGGAGCCAUUUUUGUGUUAACAACUCCCAAUUUAGAGCAGCAAGAGUAAAUUUCCCGUAAAGUCAUUGAAAAACAGUCAUUUCGUUGAAGCUUUCAAAACAUAUGAACUGUUUAGGACCUGCUGAGUCUGAUCAUGAGUUUUGUUUGAGUUUGUUUUAAAUUUUAAUUUUUUUUGUAUUUGAAUUUUCGAUGUUAAAAUUAAAAUACAAAAAAAAUAUAUUUUUUACCAUCAAGUGUUUUCCGCUAGACGGUCAGGUGGCAGCUAUAUUGCCACAAAUUUUUUAAAUGUUUUUGAUUAUUUUGCGUACUGAAAAAAUUUUUUUUUGUGUAUUUCAGAAUGUAAACAUGUCACGAAUUUCGGACGUUUUUUCGAGCUCCGUAAAAAUAAAACAAAGAAUAUUUUUGCUAUCCAUUAAUUCAUUAUUUGUUCAUCUAUCUUUUAACAAUAAAACACAAAUUGAACGGAGAAAAAAUAAUCAUAACUAGAAUAGUUAUGAGCUGCUGACGUGAGGGGGUUCCAAAAAAAAUUGUGUCAUGGCGUACACGAUUCCAGCUCUUCUGGUUAUCUGAAACAAAAAAUGUAAAGGGUUGUAUCUAGAACACGACCGCAUAUUUUCGACGUAGAACUACGCAAUUACAUAUGCAACCCACUUGUUUACCACUUCGAAUAUUAUUUUAGAAUGCAUCGAAAUUUUUGUAAUAGAUUAUGUUCUUCGUUACAAAUAAAUUUGAUGAACGUCCUUUUACGUUUAAUAUGAUGCCUAGUACUACCAAAAUAUAUGAACGGAAGAAUUGUCAAACGAUCAUUGUAUAUUACAUUUCCCUUUGAAAUUAUUGCACAUCUCAUGUUUACGCAGUUCUCGAACCGUGAAAGUUCAUUCACCUCUAGUAUCUGAAAUGACGAUUUUCCCAGGCUUCUCAGCUUAAAAGUACCUUUUUGGGAAAACAUUCCGGUCUGCACAACGACAAGCGAGUACAAAAGUAAUCAACAUAAAAAAUAUCGGACAAGUCAAAUGACAAAAUGGCGGUCGUUUGAAAAACAAAAUGUGGUUUAAAACGUUUGUUCUUACGUUGCCCGAUUUUUUUUUAAAUAGUGAAAUUUAAAAAGUAUCAUUUUUAGACGUUCAUGCGAUAAAGAUAUGCAUGCAAAUUGUAUUCAUAUAAAUUCGACAUGAAUCGGUUCAGUAGAACCUAAAAUAUCGUGUACGCCAGUUCGAAAAACCUGGUUUCGAGAAAAACGCGUUUGAAGUUCAUUGGGUUAGAUACCGCAUCACUAAAAUGGCUCUAAUUCGGUAAAUAAUAAGAUUUUUGAUGAGUCCUUUCUAGAGUAUAUUCUUGAAUGCCUAAACUACAGAAAUAUGAAGGAAUUUUUCUUUGAUUUUUUUCAAAUUUCUACUGCCUUAAAGGGUUAAACGAAUUCAGGCAAAAUGCUUAACUGUAAUUCACUGUAAUCAAUUUAGCUCAAAUCUUAGAUGAAUUCUCACAGAGCUUUGAUUGAAAAUAUGUUCUAAUUUGGCUAGCAAAAUCAAACGGAAUUGAAAUUUGAUUUUAAUUAAGCUGAGAUGUAUAUUAAUUGAGGGGCUUAGAAUGAAAGGGGUGUAAGUGAUUUGAUCGAUUUCUCUACAUCGACUCUAUAUUUUGGUCAUUACUUCGCAGCAAAUACAUUCCCAACUGUUUUUCACAAUGUGGAAGGUAGUUCAGAACCUCAUCUAUCGGAAUCUAUAGCAAACUUAAAUUGGAACGUUUUUGCAGUUGAGUUCGAUCAAGUCACUUACACUCUUUUCAUUCUAAGCCCCUCAAUUAUAAAUGUCUAUAUAACUCGACUAAAAUUUAUUUGAAGUUGAAAAUUAAUGGGCGUUGUUCCACAACAAAACCGCAUAAUGACGUAAGACUACCAAAUAAAAUGAGCGUUCAGUUACUUUAUUUCAAGUAUUUUUCAUGGAUAGCUAUACAUUGUCCCAUUUGUCUUGCAAUUUGUGGAUACCACGUCAAAAGAACUAUUCCUCUUCAGAAGCAAAUCAGUAUUCCACAUUUCCGUAGGAAUUCAAACGCUGCAUAGCAAGUGCGUGUCCCAUUGAUGGAAAUAAAUGGUAGCCGGGAGGAGCCAAAUCUGUUGAGUAAACCGCAUGUGAAAAAACUCCCCAACCAAGUAACUCAAUCGUUCACUCUACCGGUUUUGCAGUGUGUGAUUAUCGUUCAAUAAAUUCACUUUCUGUUGUCUGUUUUUGGUAGGUUGAUCUUUUUGCAUCCAAAUAUUGAUUCAGAUUGAUCAUUUGUUUUCUAUUUCAUUCAGUAUCAUGUUUUCUAUUUCACAGUAGAUCAAAUCUUCUGAUCCCACCAAACACAAAGCCGUGAAACCGAUUUUGGUUCCCCUAAACAUACCCAAUAUUAUUGACGGUUAAAAUUUUUAGUCUUUUUAUCGCUGGUUACAAUCCGAUGGAGAAAUUACUUCCUUUUAUACCUUGCGAGCAGCAUUUCACACAUGAUUUUUCGGUUUUCGUGCUGUCGUAUCGAUCAAGACAUAUUUGCCUUGUCGAUCAAGACAUAUUUGUACAGUAUGGUCUACCUCGUGUGCGCAUACGACAAUCUUCAAUUGAGCAAACCCGAAGGUUUGCUCAAUUGCUCAAGAUGCUCGCUGAGACCAUCUAGCGAUUCCAUGAUAACAAGCAGGGCCCGAAAUCUUCAAAGGUGAAAAAUGAAGACCGUCUCUAUUCUCAGUAGCUCCGCUUCUACUAGAACUGCUUCGACAGUCGCCCCAACAAAAAGUGACUUGCCUAGAAAAUAAAUUGACUAGCGUUGACUAGUGAAGAUGACUGCUGAACUAGUUCAGUCAGUGGUUAUUUUAACUGAUUCGACUAAUAAAUACAAAUCUGCAUCUUCAUUCAACUGACUUCAAUCCACACUUCCAUUUCCCCCUAGCACUAAUUUUUUACCCGCAUACGCAAUUUUACUUUUACGUCCAUAUAAAGAGGAACGAAAACAUGAUUUCUGAUGCAAAAAAAAAGUUACCCCGCGUUAGUAUUAGCAAAUAGCGUGCAAAAUAGCGCACUCGCUAUUUUAUACGUUUGAGUAAUUUUCGUGUACGAUACAAAAGAAUCUAGCUCACCUGUAGUGUAUGUCAAACCACGUUGAACUCAAACAUCGAUGCAUGCACACGUACAUGGGAAAGAGAAAGAGAGGAACGAAUUCGUUUUGGGGAAAUUCACUUCAAAAUGCAAUGAGAACGAUUUAACUGGGCAGAAUGAAAUGAUAUAGUCGAGUCGGUAGAGGGAGAUAACGACUAAACGCCCGACUGACUGUUCAGUCGUUUUGGCGAAGAAACUGCGUGAAGCCAAAAGUCAUUACUAACUGAAUACGGAUAUAGUCAGUCAGACAGUCAGCUGACUAUCCUCAGUUGACUAUGACUAUGCAGAGCCCUGAUAACAAGCUCAAACAAUUUUGCCAAAGCACAAGGGAAGUGAUGCCGCGAUAAUUAUUAACAUCCCACCUAUUUCCUCUUUAUAGACUGGGAACAUAUGCGACAGCUUGGCGAUAGUCCACGGAAAGUUGGAAUAUAUGGAGCGGCAGGUUCAACAAGUCUCCAUGGUCGUUUUGAGGAAACCAAAGGUGAUUCGGUCCGGUCCCGGUCCCGGAUUAAACGACUUUUUGAACUUUGAGAAUGACUUAGAAGUUAUUUCCGUAUUUGGUGUCAACUCUGCUCAGGGUUUGGCUAGAAAGACGGAUGUAACUAGCGACAUGCUCGAUAUGGUCGUCGCGUUCAUCGGUGAAAACACUGGCGAAUUUUUCUGAAAAUAGGUAGCAGAUAUCCUGUUGGCAAGUCCGCUUCAUGGCACUGCUCAUUAACACACUUCCUGGCAUUUGUAUCACCAUUAUUCCACAUUCAAUCUACCUUCAAUCUCUAUUUUACUUCAGUCUACCUUUGACAACGCAUGAAAGCAACAAUGUAUCCGUUUAAUGCAAAAAUUCACAAACACUCUCUUUUAGCGAGCAUGAAAAUAGAUACGAUGCAUCAUUGAAUCGAACCUUGGAUUUGAAGUUGCGAACAAAAUAGCUUCGCUGUAUGUGACAUUUUCUACUCACAACAUUCUCUUGAUCCUCUGGUGUGAUUUUUCUCUCGCGCUUCAUAUCCAGCGGAACCGCUGUGUGACAUUAAGACUGGCUGUUGCCUGCUCGACUGUUGACUGUUGUGGCGAGGCUAUGCAACAGAAAUCACGACUGGUUUCUAUUUCACACAAAAAAAUCACGCACAGACGGAACUUAAAUAGCAAUAUUUUCUCUCUCACUCGUCAGUGCUCAUAGAACGUGUACUGCAUUUGUAUUUCGAGCGAUCGAUCCACACGCUCCUGACUCGCAGUAUUAAAUUAAAAAUGCUUCCCAUUUUCGUCAAUCCAACUAGGGAAUCGUAGUGUACAACAUGCCACAAAAAUUUAAAAGAAUUUCCAACUACAAAGGUAUACACAUAUCUAGGACAUGUUUUCUGAUUUGGCACUCUUACUGAAGCACGCAGUUCUACGCCAAAAAAAUUAAUGAACAAUUAAAAACGGUCCUUGAUCGGAGGCCAUGUCGAGCUGCCGGAACUGGAACGACGUACAACAUUCAUGUUAACUUGACAGAUACAUCUCUCGAUUCUACCAAUCAACUGUUUGCUGUUCGUUGCUCUCCAGUUAUUUUUGUUUUUUAUCAAAAUCCCAAAGAAAUCUUCGAUUGAACGACAUUACCGCAGAACUUGAGUACAAAUGGAAUCGAGGUGUUAUUCAGGAACGUUUGUGUCUUUUUUUGCAUACUGUGAUAAUGCUUUAUCUGGCCAAAACAUUUUUUUUUCAUCUACAGGGUGGAGGUUUCGAAUUCAUUGAGUGGUCAGAUUAUCCCAAGAAAUCUCUGAACACUCGAUCAUUCUGAUGGUUAUGUUUAUUAUGUAGUAACAACAUUUCCUCAUCCAAAAAGAGAUUCUCGCAAUCCGCGUGUCGCUUGAGAAGAAUGCGUCCUUUUCACGACGUUCUUUUGAUGACUGAGAUAUUCCGAGUUGUCUGGUAAUUUAGAUCCAGGUGGAAUAGGAUUCUAAUUCCUAUUUCCUGGGUAACUAUCUUCAUAGCAUGUGGGAUUCUGACGGACCGCUCAAGUCCAUUGACUUGUAGGUAUAAUUCCGCCUCAAGAAUCAUUAAAAUCAUUGCGUUUAAAAUAUUUCAUCAGAACAUGACAUUUUUUCUAAGCUGGAACGCUUCUAGGAAGAUGUUGUCCUACGUCAAAAAAUAGUUUAUAGCUUAAUGGUUCAUUGUAGAUUUGAUUACCUUUAAAAUUUCCAACAAUAAACCUCUAAUUAAAGUUUCUUUGCUUUUGUGCCUAAAUUGGGUAAAUUUUCCAUAACUGACCCAAAAAAAUCGGGCUUAUUAUGCUCGCCAAUUUUUGUUCAUUUCGAUUUUUGUUGAAAUCAUUUCAUAGUCUGAAUUUUAAUUUAACUGUUUAAUACACAUGAACUUUAUUCUAAUUUAGGUGACACUCCCUCGAUUUUAAUAAGAGCAUUUUCCAAAUUUUGUCGAAAUUGGUCUGAAAUUUAAACAAAAUUCUAAUGAAAUUAAUUUUAAGUUGAUGCAUAGACUUCUUGCUCUUAAGGUUCCAAAUGUCAUACAAUUGUAAACUUACAAUUCUCUAAUUCCGCUAUUUCCUGGUAUAUAUUUCAAACUGUUUUAGUUCACAUUUUCGAUGAUAAUUUUUUUAGAAAAUGUCCAAAGAAGGACCGUCUAAAAUUUUUGAAUAUAAGUUUUUGACGUAGGAUUACGUAUUUUGAGAACAUUUUGAGGAUACACAUUGAAAAACUAACAAUUCUAACAAUCUAUUGGGAUAUAGAAAAUUUGAUAUUUCGAUGAUUUGCUAAAAUAGCAUUGAAAUGAGGACUUUGUUACGCAUUUUAGAUGUUUUGAAGUCUUCCGAAUCGUUCGAAGUUCAGUUCAAAUGACUUUUUUAAUCAACAACGAAUGAUUUCCUCAGCAUUUAAACACGCCUCAACAGAUUCAUAUGAGGUGUUCUGAAUUAUUCAAAUCGUUCGGAAGCUUAUAUUACAGAUAUUAAAUGUCUUUUUAAAUCAAUUAUUGACACGUGGGAAAUGAGAUGCAAUUCGAAAAAAAAACGAACCUUGAUAAGUAACUGACAAGUUGGUAGGGUUGUAUAACACCUUGUUUCAAUCUCUUUCACCCCCUUCAAGUCAGAUUACAUUGUUUGAAAAGGGACCGACGCACCGUUUAAGACUCCAGAGAAACUCCGUAUAUUGUGCCUACAGACCUAUCAUUCUCGGAAAAUCAAACAAAUCCGAAGACCUGCGAAUAUUUCCAUAGAUCUGGCAUCCCUGCGCACACACGAAACGAUUUUCUGUCCUGUCCAACCUCUCCACACAACCAGAAUACAAGCGAUAGCAAACAAGAUCUAAAAAUUUGAUUUUCUUGUCGGACACAUGUGAUAGCACAUAUCUUGAUGAUUGAAAAUAAUGACAUUCGUUUUCGGUAAGUCAACACUCACCCAACUGUUCCAGUUACCCUUGGUUGUGGGGAGAUAUGAUUUGAGUUGAAAUUGAAAUUGUGAACAAAAAAGAAACGUUUUUGGCGCUUCAUCCAGUAUGAAAGCUACCGUAAAUUAUGUAUACAAAACAAAAGCAUCAAAUGUAAAUUUUAUUUCGGAAAGAAAGAAAACGCUGGAAAAUUUGAAGAUAUAAAUAUUUUGUACAGAAGUGUCAUACCGAAUGAGUUUAUUUAGGUCUAAAUUAUAUAAUACUAACUGAGAAAAAAAACAUACAAAAGUAUACCAUCACCCUGAAUAUCCAGUUGAUAAUCGAAAUCGAUGAAAACUAAAAACGAAAGCUAUACGGUAAAUUGAAAGAAGCAAAAGAAGAAAAAAUUAUACGCGUGUUGAAUGAAACAGAGGCAAAAAGUCAAUAAAAUUAAUUCUGCCCACAGAAAAAGGUGAAUACAAUGUUCUAUUUUAAUCUGAAAAUGGUAUACGUAAUUUACACUCAAGAAAGCAUUACAUAGGUAUUAUGAUACUUCCGAAUCGAUGAAGUGGAGAAAUUAUUAGUAAACAGAUGUCUGAAACGUUGAAACAAGAAAAAAUAUACGAAAUUGUAACUUUUGGUAUACGGUCACUGAAAAACACACAAACAUCGAUUUUGUUUCUGUUCUGAUUCAAACAAUAGUACUAAAUAAACACACAAAAGGAAAAAAAUUGCGUGCCAAAUUCAGUAUACUAACCUAGAAAAAAAAAGAAAUCGUGAAUCGCGAGACAUAAACAAACACUACGAAAAGAACAAAAUAAAAAAUCAAAUCAAAAUAUUACGCUGCUUUCCAAACGGCUCGAACGCGACUUUUCCUUUCUUCCAGAAAGUCGGUGCAAAACAGCUUCACAAGCGGAACACUUCCAGUGUUGCCAGAUGAUCUGCAUUUAUUAAGCAAAAUGAAAGUAUUUUCUCGCGCGUUUCUGUUCCAACAACGCUUACAUCUUCGGAUGGGUGGGAGUGAAAAGAGUAUUGUGAUUUCUGUACAUAGUCAAAUUAGUUUGUGUGCCGAGUAUUAACACGGUAAACAACGGUUUUUAUUUUUUGUUUUUUGUUUUGGUUUUGUUUAUGGGAAUUUUAUCGUCGCCAACGAGCUGCAAAAAAAAACAUUGUAUAUAUUGCGCUAAAGUGAGUAAGGGAAAAGAAACUAAAAUCCGCACCACGGGGCGUAAAAGUUGAGCACACUUUCUAACUACCUAACUAGUAGAGAAAAUAAAAACGUACGAACUAAGGUAUACAUUCGAUUUAAAAGCUGAGGAGUUUUAGACAUUAAUAGAGAUACACGUAGGAUAAACAAUAUUACAUGAAAUGAAACACACGUAAAACUUGUAUUUAUUGAACUAAUAAACUUCUAAUUGCAAAUAAAACGCAAAAGUUAAUCACAAAUCUAAACACUAUAGCAUUAUUGAAAAACAAAAAAAACAACAUGAAGUUUGAAAUCCAGGUGCCGUCAAACUGGACGAAGGAUGAAGGAGACAGAACGAAAACGUAUACGUCAGCGGGAAACUAUGAAAAACUAAUUCGAAGCUGAGUAAAUACACAUUACAAUGGUAUACUCGGAACGAAAUUGGAAAAUCAAAUCAAUGAUACGAAAUUAAAGAAGAAGUGAAAAUCAUCACAAUAUUUGAAACAGCAAGUACUAAAAAAAGUAUACGUAAAAUAUAUAAAAGAAAAAAAAUAUGUAUAAUUCGAACCAAUAUGAGGGGCCGAAUUGAAGCAAACAAAUCUGAUGAUAUAAAACUCUAAGGUUAGCAAUAAGCAUAGAGGGUGUAAUUAGUGUAACGUCGGGUGGAAGUUGGAAGAAAAGAAACCAACAUCCAGACGAACCGAUAAUCCCCAACUGUAUUUAUAGAAAUAUUGGAUAACAUCAACUCAAGCACUGUUUAAAACGAAUACAUUGAAGAAAACAGUCAUUUCAUGAAAAAAACAAUUAGUUGACCCAGUUCAAUUGUAGAUUUGAGUGUAGAGAGAAUACGCCUCUGAAUUGGAGCGGCAAAACGCGAACUGUAAAAAGUAAUAUUACGUUUAUUCACUCUCCAGCUGCAAAAUUUUAUCCCCUCUCUUCUACUACCAUCCGUCAUUCUGAGCCAAUAGCAAAACACAGCAACAAUCCAAUCUAGCACCUAACGAAAAAAAAAUAGAAACAGACUUAGGUGCCAAUUUGUUAUUAUUUGAAAACGCAUGUUUCGUUUACAGUGCAGUGCGGCCCAAACUCACGGACGCACUCAUGCAUUGGUUCUCAUUCGAACAAAACCGUAAUUACAAACUACACACAGUGAAGCAAAAAAAAAUCUAUAAAAUAUAGAUAUGAAUAUAUAUUAUACGAGAUAUAAAAAUCAAUUAUUAUUUAAAUGCAAUUUUUAAAAAUUUUAAAAAAGAAAAAGCUCAAAAUAAAAUAUGUAUAUGUUAAAAAUUUCAAA